AUCUGCCAAAGUUCUAUAAUGUUUCUUUAAUGAAACGGCUUUAUUUGACUUUACAGAUCAGCCUCAAAUAACUGUCUUCUGAUGCUGUUAUAUCACCUUACCUAUGACUCCAGAAAGAGGGCUGGCAACCCCUACACGUUACACUGACAAAUACUAUGAGAUCAAAGUUAGGGGCCCUCAGUGUAACAUUAAAGUUUUUAAAUUCAUUUGUCUUCAACAUGUAACAUAAAUUGCUUAAAGUACAUUUCUAAUGUUUUUGUUUUCUGUUAUUUCUUCCCAGAUGUUUUUCUUUUCUGUCCAGCUGGAACGUUUCCUUGAGAUAUGAGUGAUGUUCUUUCAGAAGAUCAGGUGUUCUGGAUGUUUCUGCCUACUUCCUUCACAACUGCUAUUUUUUCUGCUGCCAGCACAUCUGUCCUGCCAAGGUUCUCAUGGUGGUCCAUCUCUGCAAGUAGUGGCGCUCGUUGGUGGUGACGUCAUAUUACCAUGUUUCCUGAGCACUCCGGCAGAUGCUUCAUAUUUGGUGUUGGAGUGGGGGAGACCUGAUCUUACUCCUGGAUUUAUACAUGUGUGGAGAGAAAAUAAGGAAGACGAUCGUGAUAAGCAGCCAUCUUAUGUGGGAAGAACAUUUCUGUCCAGAGACAAACUGAAGCAUGGAGACGUUUCACUCACAGUGUCCAGAGUAACUCUCAGUGAUGAAGGAACUUACAGAUGUCUCAUUCCCCAACUAGGAGAGGCUUCAUUUGUUCAUCUAACCGUAGGUUCGGUCUCUACAGCCAUCAUAGAGGUUUCUUCCGAUAGCAGCAGCAGAGUGGUGUUACACUGUCAUUCUGCAGGCUGGUAUCCAGAACCUGAGGUGUUCUGGCUGUAUGGAAAGGGAAACCACCUCUCUGCUAGACCUACGGAGACAGUCAGAGGUCCUGAUGGUCUCUAUAAUGUCAGCAGCAGAGUGACUGUGGAGAAGGGAAACAACAGAUUUGUGUGUAGAAUCCAACAGAAGAACAUUAAGCAGAUCAGAGAGACACACAUUCAUGUUCCAGAUUCCUCAUCCCAUUUUUCCUUUUCCAAGAUCCUGGCUGUGGUUUGCCUUGCGAUGAUUUCUGCCGUCCUUUUUGACUGACAGUGUAAAAGCAGUUAGUUCAGAUUCCAUCCAGUAAAUUCACUAAAUGAAACUGAAGUGAAAUUUCUGGUCAUUGGACACUUUUCUUUCUUGCUGAAAUACCAAUUACAAACAAAUGAGAGGAUGAUUUUCCCUCCAUGGCU